AUGUCGGCACGGGACGGUGACCGGCCUUACAAGGUCGUCUAUUCCAGCCGCAGGCGCGAAGAGAUCGAUGACUCCACGCCCAGCCGAAGGCCGAGACGCGAACUUGAAUAUGAGGACGAUUACCGCAGAGAGAGGGUCUACUCGCGUGGUUCUCGAGACGACCGAGUCGAAGGUGACCGGCAGUCAAGGACGAGCGAUUCGCGGAACGUCCUCCCAGCCGCCGGAACCACCAAGACACGGUACGCGGUCGGCCGCGACAGGAAUGCAGAGGCGUAUGUCAAACGCUCGGACGCUGUGAUCGUUGAGGACCGGCCGUCCGACCACGGCCGCUACGAGUAUGAAGUCCUCCGGCCGCAGAAGAGAGACGACGGCACCUAUGUCGUCGACAUUGGCGGCGGCGGCGGCGGCUACUCGCAAGACUAUGCAAUUGACUUCGACUCCAGGCAGCCUCGCUUGAGACGUGAUGCACCUCCGCCCUCCAGGAGAGAUGAUAUCUUAUACGAGGGUCAUCGCGGUGGGGGUCGUGAUCGCACGGUUCGCGAUGUUGCCUACAGGGACGUGCACGUCACAGAAGAGAUCGACGACACCCGCUACAGUGGCCGCGGCCGGGCUUACGAAGCUUAUGCCGAGGACAUUCCUCCGCCUCGUCGACUGAAAAGCGCAAUGCGGGGUGGGAACAGCUCGCCUCCCGCUCUGCACAGACGGGCAAGCGUAGGGUUCUACCGCGAUCAGAUCAGUAACCAUGAUGCGAGCGAGAGUCGACACGAGAGACCAGGAGCUGAAGCACACCUGGCCGGUCGCUACCUCCAGGGCAAUGGGCUCGCGGACGAUGACGUCUACGCCGCGGGAUAUACUAGACGGAACAGGAGCAGGAGCCGCUCCCGGGGCAGAUACGGUCCCCAGCGGAGCGACCCGCGACUUCACGAGUAUGAUGAAGUGGAUGAGGAGCGACGUACCUUUACCGAGCAAACAAUGAGACAGUAUGAGUAUGAAGAUGAUCAACGGCCAGCGUAUCCGCCACAGAGAGCAACUUCCAGGCGACGACACCAAAGGCACCAUCGUGAUGACGACGAUCGGUCUUCCCAGUUCGAAACAGAACUGGUUAAGCGGACCACGAAGGAAUACUACCGAUAG